AUGUUUGAUUCAGAUAGUAUAAUUCGAAAUAAUUUGCCUGAUGGCGAAUUCAAAGGCCCUAUUCAUCAUCUGCUGAGCAACAGAGUGGUGUUGCAAGAAGGGGACAUUUAGGGAGGAAGCUUCAAUUCUUUUACAGUGCCUGAAAACAUUAUGUUGCAAAACACUCCUCCUCGGACUCCCAAGAACAUGGAGAGAUUCAAAACUAUGGGAGGAAGGAAGUCUGAAUUCCAAUCUGCCUACGAAGGCGAGGAAUAAGACUCAGUGAAGGACAGCAAACCUCAAUUUCUGAGGUUAAUCAUAGCAAAAAGUUUACAGAACAACUUCAUCAACAAUCUGUGGAAUAGAUCCUAUCUGAGGAAACUUCAUCAAUUGUCUGCCUAUCAAAUUGAGUAAUUGGACGAUUUAUAGUUUGAAUCGGAUGCCUUUUCAAAUAUUGGCCAUCCAAAUCAGAGAUCCCUGAUUCAAACUCUGGCCUUCUGGAACUUAAUUGAUGUGUUCACUCCUUACAGCAAAUUCAUCGUCAUUUGGGAUGUCUUCCAAAUUCUUACAUAUAUAAUGAUCUUUUUUUGGUUACCUUACAAGAUCUCAUUUGAAAUAUAUUAUAUAAGCGAAUUAUUCAAUGGGGAUAGUGGCAGCAAAAUCAUCGAAGUAGUGCUUCUCUCAAUUUUGGCACUGGAUGUAGUGGUUGGACUCAAUUUGGCCUUUAUUCAGAAGGGAUAAAUUAUCAAGGAUCGCAAAAGAGUAAUCAUCAAUUAUUUCAAUUAAUAUGCCUUCGUAGAUUUGGUAAAUAUUACAUUUUAUUUAUGGUCUCGUUAUCCACAGUUUCAGCACCUCAGUUCCAAAGACAGCAACAUGCUCGUUAUUCAAAUAGUUCUCGGUGCAAUCUUCUACAUUCUCAGAAUUACCAAAAUCAACAAAAUCUUGGCUCAAAUCUAAGAAUUCUUUAACCUCAAUGGCUCCCUCAAUGACAUGGUUGGUCUCAUGAAAUUACUCAUGAUCAUCAUAUUUAUAGCUCACAUCUGCGGAUGCACUUGGCAUGGCAUAGCUCAUUACACUACCGCUUACUCCUGGUUGGAUGCCUACAAUCUAAGAGCCAGAACCAACGGCACACGAUACAACUACUCAAUUUAUUGGGCAACCAUGACCAUGACCACUGUUGGUUAUGGAGAUAUCACAGCACAAAAUGACAUCGAAUUACUAAUCAAUAAUAUCACUAUGUUUGUAGCCAGCAUAGUUUUUGCAUAUUCAGUAAAUAGCAUAGGAAUAUUCGUGUCCAAUAUGUACAAAGGAACAAUGGAAUACAGUAGAUCAGUUACUUUGAUUAAUACGUUUAUGUCUAAGAAUAAAAUCCAGUUUGAUUUGCAAACUAGAAUUAGAAGCUAUUUGGAGUACAUUUGGUAAGAAGAAUAAGAAAUGAACGAUGACGAAGUUGGAUCAAUUGUGAAAAAACUGAGUAGACAUCUCUAAGACGAAUUGCAAUAUCAAUUGAGAGGCAACAUUCUUAAAAAUUGUAAAAUUGUCAUGAAACUGUUUUCAGAAUAAUUUCUCAAGAAUCUCCUUCAGUGUAUGGAGGAACUGUCAUUCAGUCCAGAAGAGAGAAUUAUUACAUGUAAUUAAUUGGAUGAUUGUUCCUUGUACAUCAUUACUAAAGGAGAAGUAGAACUGCUCUUCUCAGGGAAAAACUAAUUAGGAGACAUGAUAAAGAGAAACUCCAUCAAAUUUCUCAAGUAAUAUGAAUGUUUUGGGGAAGUAGCAUUCUUCACCGGAAAUCCAAGAACUGCUACAGCCAUCUCUAAGGGAUUCACUAGAGCAUUUAAAAUAAAAAGAGAAAAUUUCAUUGCAAUUUUACAAUCAUUUCCAAAUGAUUAUGAAAAGUUCUGUGAUGCCAGAGAUAGAUUAAUUAACAAUGAAUUCUCUUCUCUUUAAUUAAAUUGCUAUAGUUGUAAUAGUAAUAGACAUCUUAUUAAUAAUUGUCACAUUUUGCAUUUUUGUGCUGAUCAAGAAAAGAUAAUCAAAAAAGAAUUAUACCCAGUUGAAUAACGCAGGAGCAGAGCCUUCAAUAGAAUUAAGAAAACAAAGGCUGUCUGUGCAUUUACCAUGUAGAAAUACUAUUCAGGAAGGGCUCACGAUUUGAUUCAGGAUAUAUAUCAACAAGAAAGAGGUGGCACUGAUCUAGAGGAUGGAGAUUCACACACUAUGCCCAUGAAUGAUGCUUAUGAAGAUGAUGACUUGCCUUCUUCCAUUAAUCAACAGCGAAGUUAAUCAAGAACCAUGAGUAAGUUAAGUUCGAAAGCUUAAUAAUAAUAACCAUAAUAAUAAGAUGAUGAAGAUGAAGAAUAAUAUAAUAAGGGAUAUCUACGUAAAUCAUAUCCUCCAAGAUAGACUGUUUAGACUGCUGGAUUUGGAGGUGGCAACACUAAAAAUAAAGAAAUCACCUGGAAUGUAGAGUAAUUAAGUGAUUCCUUAGAUUCAUCAGAAGAACAGGACUAAGUCAUACCUUUAUAACAAUAACCACAUAAUUAAUCAAAAUCAAGUGAAUAGAAUAAUAAAUAAUAAUAACCUUUAAAGCGCCAACUCUCAAGAAGUGGGUCUACAGAUGAUCCAUCUAAGGUCCCAACUGAAAUUCGAGUUGCCAAAUAGCAAGCCCUAUCGAAAAAUCAAUCAGAUCUUGAAAUCAGACAUGCCCUUUCGAGGGAAUAGGCUAGAAAAAUUACAGGCAGAACCAGAACUCAUAAUGAUGAUCCUACGUUGAUCACCGAUAAUUUAACUUAAAAUAAUGUAGGCCAAUUGUAAUAAGCUCCCACUAUUACUACAAUUGUCUUGGCUUUUGAUAAAAUGUGUAUCUUUUAAUUUUAUCAGCCUUUAAAUAAUUAUGAUGCUGUAAUCAAAAGAUUUGCAAGAGCACAAAAGUUCUUUGGCAAAAAGAGAUUAUAUCCUGAAACCUCUCUGUAUUCAUUUUAUUUUAUGGCCAUUAAAAAAGGAUUUAAACUCAAAAAAUUAGGCUAAUCACUCCCUAAUGGAUUAUAGAGAUUCUCUACUGGUGCUAAACUUCUAAAAAAAGCAGUAAAAAGAAUGAAAUAACCUACAUUGGCAGAAAAAAGUGAUAUUUUUGUUUAAAUUAAAUGA